GCCCUGCCCACGCCACGUGACAGGGAGAGCUAGGCAGUCGGCUGGCAGGCACAUUUCAUCCCGUGGGCGCGAUGUGGGUCAGCAGCAUAUGGCGCACGACGUUGUCACCCGGUCGCCGCGCGCAAUCAGCGCUGGCGCAGCUGCGCGGUAUCCUGAAGGGCGAGCUAGAAGAGAUCCGCGGGGCUGGCACCUGGAAGAGUGAGCGAGUGAUUACGUCCCCCCAGGGACCGAGCAUUCGUGUGGACGGUACCUCCGGAGGAAUCCUCAACUUCUGUGCCAAUAACUACUUGGGCCUGAGCAGCCACCCCGAGGUGAUCCAGGCAGGUGUGCAGGCUCUGGGAGAGUUUGGAGCUGGUCUCAGUUCUACUCGCUUCAUCUGUGGGACCCAGAGCAUCCACAAGAAGCUAGAAGCCAAGCUAGCCCUUUUCCAUCGGCGUGAGGAUGCCAUCCUCUAUCCCAGCUGUUUUGAUGCCAAUGCUGGCCUGUUUGAGGCUCUGCUGACCCCCGAGGAUGCAGUCCUGUCAGAUGAGCUGAACCAUGCUUCCAUCAUUGAUGGCAUCCGGCUGUGCAAGGCCCACAAGUACCGCUACCACCACCUGGACAUGGCUGACCUGGAAGCUAAGCUGAAGGAGGCUCAGAAGCACCGGCUGCGCCUGGUGGCCACAGAUGGAGCCUUCUCCAUGGAUGGUGACAUCGCUCCUCUACGGGAGAUCUGCCGCCUCGCUGCUCAAUAUGGUGCCCUGGUCUUUGUGGAUGAAUGCCAUGCCACUGGCUUUCUCGGGCCCACCGGACGGGGCACAGAUGAGCUGCUAGGUGUGAUGGACCAGGUCACCAUCAUCAACUCCACUCUGGGGAAGGCUCUAGGGGGAGCAUCAGGGGGCUAUACCACAGGGCCUGAGCCUCUGAUAUCCCUGCUACGUCAGCGUUCUCGGCCCUACCUCUUCUCCAACAGCCCGCCCCCUGCUGUUGUUGGCUGUGCUUCUAAGGCCCUGGACCUGCUCAUGGAGAACAGUGCCAUUGUCCAGUCUAUGGCUGCUAAGACCCGGCGGUUCCGCACUAAGAUGGAAGCUGCUGGCUUCACUAUCUCAGGAGUUGAUCAUCCCAUCUGUCCUGUGAUGCUGGGUGAUGCUCGGUUGUCUUCUCAAAUGGCAGACGACAUGUUAAAGAAAGGCAUCUUUGUCAUCGGAUUCAGCUACCCUGUGGUCCCCAAGGGCAAGGCUCGGAUCCGGGUACAGAUCUCCGCAGUACACAGUGAGGAGGACAUUGACCGCUGUGUGGAGGCCUUCGUGGAGGUGGGGCGGCUGCAUGGAGCUCUGCCUUAAGCACUGGGUAGGGGCCGGCAGAGCCAGAGUCCCUCUGCUGCCGUAGGGACACAGAGAUCUUCUGGUCAGUCCAGACUAGAGGCUCUGACCCAAUCCAGACAUCUAGAGCCUGACUGAAAAUGGGCCUGAACUUGUAGUUGGGGAGAGAAAAAUGUAAAAAUUGGCUAUGACA